CUUCGUCAAGUAACCAAGCAUGCCUAGCACUCAUUUCACUCCUUUGUGCAUAUCAACUUCGACAACGUCAAUUUAAAAGCCAGCCAGAACAUGGCUAUGAACACGCUGCCUCCACUCGAGUCUCAAUGGACGCAGGCUUUUGAGCUCAUAGACGCUGUUCACGCCCAGGACCCUAAUCUCACUGUCGCCACAGGGACCGCAAAGACACUCCCGUAUGAACUACACUAUGCGAUGAAGAUGACUAGCUGGUUGGCGAAAAGGGCGCCCCAGGCGUCACCCACGCUUCAGGUGGCCUGCAGGGCCCAGCACUUCCGAAGGUGGGAGCUUCCGAGGAGCAGCUUCCCGAUGGGUCGCUCGGGCUAUCUGACCUGGCGCUCGAAGCAAAAAUCACAGGCUUCAACACAAGUUUUUGACCUUUUGGGCACACCGUCCAUCACGCCAGCCAUCUCAGAAGCAGACAAAGAACGCGUUGCAUUACUCAUCCGGAAGGGCAAUUUGACGACAGAUGAGGAAACGCAAAUCCUAGAAGACGUCGCAUGCCUGGUUUUCCUCGACGAUCAAUUCGAUGACUUCGAAAGGAAGGCGGACAUGGAAGAAGAGAAGAUGAUCAACAUUUUGAGGAAGACUUGGGCUAAAAUGAGUGAGAGCGGCCGGCAGCUGGCGCUUGGCAUGGACCUGAGUGAAAAGGCCAAAACAUUGAUAGGGAAAGCUCUCCAGUCUUGAAAGCAUCAACGAACAAGACUGCGCCAUCCAUGGCGUCGCACUCCUCAUGGUAUCUCGAGCUCACACUCUCGAGAGACCGCCCGUUCCUGCAAAUUGUAGAUCAUGGGGAUAGUUGACUGAUUCCCCCGCA